AUGUUGGCCUGGUAUAACGACGAUAACGAACCGGCGCCGCUUUUCGCAUACCUGUGCCAAUUGAGCUUUGGGUCCCAGAACUUGAUCCAUAACUCCAAUACCGUGUAUAACCCGACCAGGGCAGUGGCGAAUAAUCCAACCCAUUUAACAGAACAGACACAUCCAAUCGAAACACCCGUCAGACAUAACCAGCUGAUCCAUUUGACGCUAAAUUCUCUAUUUCUGAGCGUGUGCAGCUUCGCAAGACACAGCAUCGUCGUCGCCGUGAAGAAUAUCAGCGACGAGUCCAGCAAAAUGAACUUGCUAAGCGAAAUGUACGAUAACUCCAAACAGCACAUCAACGAGAUCAAGUAG